AUGGUGUGUCGAGAAUGGGAAGGGGAAGAUAACUACAGCACAAAUGAUCAAGACAGUGCUAACAAAAGGUUCAAGGAAGUUGAAUGUAAACGACUCACUGGGAAGAAAGAGGAAUAUGAAAACCCAGAUCUAGAGCAUAAUGAGAUUAAGAAUAAGGAGGAAGACAAUGGAACAGUACGUGAGCUUGAUACUAAUCUGUGUGAUUUAGAAGGGGAAAAAAGUAAGGAGUAUAAGGAACCAUGGAUCAACAUGUUCAAAAAUAAUCGUGCAGCUAUCAAUGGGAUGAACUUGACCUAUAUUCCUCCACAAGUUCUUAAUGGGCAAACAAUGGUGCAACUAGAAGAGAAAGAAGUACAAAUUGAAGAGGAAAAGUGGAAAUGUGCCCUGAUAGCCUAUGUAAUUGGUGAAUGCCCUGGAUACAACAUUAUGAACAGAUAUAUACAGAUGAACUGGGAGAAGGUUGAUAAACCUGAGGUAUUCCUUCAUGAGGAAGGAUACUACAUAAUCAAGUUUAGGAGCCUGAGUGAUAUGAAUGAAGUUCUAUAUUCAGGACCUUAUACAAUAAGUAAUAGGCCUAUCAUAUUGAAGCAAUGGAGUCCAGAAUUUGAUUUUGGGGCUGAGUUUUUAACUGAGAUUCCUCUAUGGGUUAACUUUCCUAAGUUGCCUUUAAAUUGUUGGGGAGCUGGAUCACUGAGUCGAAUUGCCAGUGCUAUAGGUGUUCCAAUAUUUGCUGAUGAAUGUACCACAAAACAGACAAGGAUAUCCUAUGCUAGAAUGCUCAUUGAAGUAAAUGUUACUAAGCCUAUCCCUCAUAGCAUUACAGUAAUGGAUCCUAAUGGUAGAAUGUUCAAGCAAGAUGUUGUGAUGGAGUGGAAGCCUUUGUACUGUGAAAAGUGCCAGAAGAUUGGUCAUCAAUGUCAAACAACAGCUAAGGUGGAGCAACCAAAGAAGAGCAGACCAGGGAAAAAAGUUACACAGACAUGGCAAUAUAAAGGACCUAUACAACAACAUGAGAAGAUAGUGGAGACUAGACAGAUACUGGAGACUAAAGAAGAUGAAGUCAGCCUUGAGCAAGAGGAGAAGCAAGGGAGUGAGCAAAGGAGUGGUCAGGAAAUCAAGCAAACACCUGAGAAAAACUUAAGGCAUUAUAAUGGUGGGAAACAACUGGAAUUUAGUAUGUCUAACUUUCCAUUGUUAUCAGCUAUACCUUUGAGGAAUGGAUUUGAGAGUCUCAAGAAUAGCAAGUUGGUUUCACUACCUGUGGAUAGGGGUGGAACAUCAAAAUCCUGGCUAAUUGAAACAAGGGUAAAAGAGGGUAAUGCAACUACAACAAUGAAUGGGAUAGCACCAGGUUGGAAAAGGCUGCACAAUUACAAUGAUGCUGCUAAUGGGAGAAUUUGGAUUAUAUGGGAUGAUAACUGGUAUGAUUUUCAGUUAAUAAAUAGUACAGCUCAGAUGAUACAUUGUCAAGUAAAGGAAAGAAGUAAAGGGUUCCAGUUUAAUCUCUCAGUUAUAUAUGGUUUUAAUACUAUAGAGCAGAGGAAGAGUUUAUGGACUGAUUUGAACAGGAUGGGUCAAAAUGUAAUAUCUCCAUGGCUCAUAAUUGGAGACUUUAAUGCUAUUUUAUCCCCAAAAGAUAGACAAGCUGGAGCUCCUGUUAAUGAGAGUGAGAUAAGGGAUUUUGCAGAAUGUGUUAAAACUAUGGGCAUGCAUGAAUUACAAUGGAAAGGAAGUUACUACACCUGGAGUAAUAAGCAGAAAGGUAAUGCAAGAGUCUUAAGUAGGAUUGAUAGAGCCUUUGGGAAUGAUGAAUGGAUGGAUAAGUGGGGACAUGUCAUAUUAGAAUAUGGCAAUCCAGGAGUAUCAGAUCAUAGCACAAUGCAGCUGGUUCUUCUUCAAAGUAAUCAACAUGUAAGGGCAAGUUUUAAAUUCUUCAAUAUAUGGGUAGAACAUGAAUCAUUCUUAGGCCUGGUGGAGCAAGUGUGGAAGAAGGAGAAAGAUAGGGAUGCAAUGAAAAAGGUGUGGAAUAAGUUGAAAGCUCUUCAACCUGUACUGAAACAGCUGAAUAGGAAAGAGUUCAAAUAUAUCAGUAACCAGAUUGAGGAAGCUAGAAAUGAGCUGGGUGACAUUCAAUAUCAGCUGUGUCAUCAAGCAAAGGAUGAGUUAGUUGCUAAAGAAAAAGAACUCUUAAUAAAACUUGAGAAGUGGUCUUUGAUUGAAGAAAGUGCUCUUAGACAAAAAGCUAGAGCAAAAUAG